AUGAACGACUACGACCCCAUCCGCACCUGCUGCGCCAGCAAAACCCUCUGCAGCAAGUGCUGGUCAGGGUUUAGGGGCAGUGACCAGCAAGCGAAGAAGAUAAACCUUAGGGGGAAAACACAACACCCUGCUAUCGACCGCGCAUUUCGCAUUGCCUACAGAGACUUUCACCAGCUGCUGCAGGAGCAGGAUUUCUUCUUUGGGGGAGGCAGCAGCAAAAUGGCAGAGAGCCUGCUUGAGUAUCUCCCUAACAGCAGCAGCAGCAGCAGCAGCAGCAGCAGCAGCAGCAGCAGCAGCAGCAGCAGCAGCAGCAGCGGGUACGGCAGCGGGUACGGCAGCGGGUACGGCGGCGCUUCGCGCGGCUACAGCACUGCAGCAAAGUCGCGCGGCGCAGCAACAGCAGCAGCAGCAACAGCAGCAGCAGCAGCAGCAGCAGCAGCAGCAGCAGAUAUGCAGCAGCAAGUUGCUGCUUGGAUUGAAGAAAUUAAAUCUGAACCCGAAGACCCCAAGAAGACAAAAAGCACAAAACUCUUUGAGCGGCUGUGCAAACUCGCCAACUGCCAAACACCUGCUGCUGCUGCUGCUGCUGCUGCUGCUGCUGCUGGGGGAGCAGCAGCAGCAGCAGCAGCAGCAAAGGAAGCCGAUGCCUUCCCCAAUUUCAUAAAAGAAAUUGUGCUGGCGUUUUCUUACCCGAGGCUCGAUAUCAAUGUCAGUCCUGCGCGAGAACUUAGAAGGGUACACUACAGCCCUGAAGGUCGAAUCUGGAUUCUAAAGCAGCAGCAGCAGCAGCAGCAGCAGCAGCAGCAGCAGCAGCGGCGGCAGCAGCAGCUGCAGCAGCAGCAGCUGCAGAUGCAGCUGCAGAAAACGCAGCAACAACUGUUGCUGCUGCAGCUUAGCAGCAGCAGCAGCAACAAGAGCAGCACUAGCAGCAGCAGCACCACAGCCAAAGCAGCAGCAGCUGCUGCUGCACCUCCGCAGCAGCAGCUGCUGCUGCACCUCAGCAGCAGCAGCAGCAGCGGGGCCUCCUGCUGCAGCAAGAACGCAGCACCAAUUGCUGCGGCUGCAGCCUUGCAGCAGCAGCAGCAGCAGCAGCAGCAGCAGCAGCAGCAGUGCAUGCAUUGGCUUAGAGUUUGA